CAAAUUUCCGUAACGUCAACGACGAUGCAGAAGCUGGGAAACAUUUUCGUGAGGCAGUAGAAAAAAUAAAGACAAAAUUGCAUACAACGCGAUCGCGGACGCUUAUCGCUUAUUUUUUCCGAGCCAAAUUCCGCUACAUCGGGGCUCGAGAAGACACACGUACACCACUCGCCAUGAUUAAAGCGAUUCUAGUGUUUAACAACCAUGGCAAGCCGAGACUGUCCAAAUUCUACCAGUAUUUCAACGAGGACAUGCAGCAGCAGAUAAUAAAGGAAACGUUCCAGCUGGUGUCGAAGCGAGAUGACAAUGUGUGCAAUUUCCUCGAGGGUGGAAGCCUAAUCGGUGGUUCCGAUUACAAACUCAUCUACCGACACUACGCGACGCUGUACUUUGUGUUUUGCGUCGAUUCGUCCGAGAGCGAGCUGGGCAUACUGGAUCUAAUACAAGUGUUUGUCGAAACCCUGGACAAGUGCUUCGAGAAUGUGUGCGAGCUGGAUCUGAUCUUCCACGCCGACGCGGUGCACCACAUCCUCUCCGAGCUGGUCAUGGGCGGGAUGGUGCUGCAGACGAACAUGUCGGACAUUCUGGCCCGCAUCGAGGAGCAGAACAAGCUGCAGAAACAGGAGGCCGGCAUUUCGGCCGCCCCGGCGCGGGCGGUCAGCGCGGUCAAGAGCAUGAACCUGCCGCAGCAGAUCAAGGACAUCAAGUUGCCCGAUUUGCCGCAGGCGAUCAAAGAUCUGAAGUUCUGACCAAACCACAAUUUCGACGCCUCACUGCUCACGAAAAUUUCCGCCGAUUCCUCGUACAUUCCCAUCAACAGCAGCCUGGAGGGUUUCAGCUUCGAGUGCUACCAGUCCGAGUACGUUGGCGCGGCGUCCGGUUCGACCACCAAGGAACAACAGCGCGACGGCGGCUCAUCGCUGAGGAGCAGCCUGUGCAAUGCGUCCGCUGCAGCGCACCCGCCACGAAACAAACAAAAGUCGUCCAGAAAAUCGAUUGCCUCCAGUGCCACGCUGCUGCGGGAGGAUAGUUUCUAGUACACACGAGCGGGGAAGGAGACAGGCGAGGUCUGCAGCUACACGAACAAAGGCCACAUUGGACAUUGCAGUCGUUUUGGUGCUCUAAACCCCCCAUCCCAAAUAUCGCGCUCCUUCGCUUUAUUGUUUUUUAUGUGCGCGCGUGUUUGCGCGUUGGCUCCGAAUCCCGGGAUUUACGUGGACGCUACUGUUAACGCUCGAAACUUUCUUUAAUACCAACUGAAUGCAAGGGUUUAGUUCAAUAGAUCAGUUAGUUUAUACCUGAGUUAUACGCAAAAAAGAGAUUUAUCGUAACGCAACGUUAUCUAAGCAAAUAAUGAAACGUAAAACAAAUCAUUUCCUAACAACGUAAA